GUGCGGUGUGUGUGGUGUGUGGUGUGUGUGUUUGUGUGUAUGUGAGAGAGAGCGAGAGAGAGAGAGAGAGAGAGAGAGAGAAAAUGCAGAGAGAGAGAGAGAGAGAGAAUGCAGAGAGAGAGAGAGAGAGUGAGAGAGUGCAGAGAGCGAGCGCAAGAGAACAGUCAAAUGCAGAGAGGAGCAGGGACAAGAGCAGAAGAGAGCUGUCAAGCUGCAAGGAGGCAACACUGAGACAAAUUCAUUUUUUUCCUCUUCUUUUUUCUCACCACUUCUCUGACACCCACAGACACACACGCAGCCAACCCAAAGACACAAGCCCACAGAUGGUGAUGCUACAUGCUUACAAGGAGCGCAAAAUUAUUUUCAGGAUUUGGACUCACGUCCUGCAAACUGGGACAUCUUUGUGACUUGGACUCACAUUCCAAUUGGAAUUAUUUUUCUAUUUCUCUGAACUGUUUGUUUAUUUAUUUUAACAGUGCAACACUGUGGUGCCUCCACUGACACUAAGAGAGUUUGGGCAGUUGUGAACUGCCUGAUUUGGUCCGAUCCGGAGCCAAGACUGUGACUUAGUGGGUGUUCUUGUGUGUGAGGAGUAGGAGGAUGUGUGGAGCGGCAACAGUGGUGCUUCUAGUCCACCUCGGAGCCACCUUAACGGGGGCCUGGAAAGCAUCUCAGCCACGACUGCAGUUCACACACUCCGAACUGAUCCAGAAUGGGCGCUUGCUGACGCUGCCCUUGGACGCGGGAGAUCUGCACUCUCUGCUGCCUGAUGAAGAUGGGAUGCAUCUUUAUGUGGCUAUGAAAGAUAAUCUGUUGUCGACCAGCAUGGAUGACAUUACACAGAACCCCCGCAAGUUGCAUUGGCCUGCCAGCCCGGAUCGAGUCCAAGAAUGUCUAAUGGCUGGAAAGGAUCCAGAGAUGGAGUGUGCUAACUUCCUACGAGUCCUGCAGCCCUACAACAAGACUCACCUGUAUGUGUGUGGCACAGGGGCCUUCAACCCAAGGUGUGCUUUUAUAGCUACCAGCAUCUUCCAACAGCCAGGACACCAGACCCUCUCCUACAGCCAAACCGAAGGUGGGAAGGGCAAAUGUCCGUACGAUCCGUUUCAGAAAACAGCAUCAGCAGUUGUCGAUGGCGAGCUGUAUGCUGGCAUUACUUCAGACUUCAUGAGCAGAGACUCUGCCUUCUUCCGUAGUCUUGGCAACCGGCAUGUCAUCCGCACCGAGCAGUACGACUCCACCUGGCUGCAGGAUGCCCACUUUGUGCGGGUCGCGCCACUGUCUGAAACUGAUAAUCCAGAAGACGAUAAGGUCUACGUGUUCUUCACUGAGCGCGCUCAGGAGGCCGAAGGGGCCACUGGGAAGGUGCUCCACUCCAGAGUGGCCCGGGUGUGCAAGAAUGACAUUGGAGGCCAGAGGAGUUUGGUGAACAAGUGGAGCACCUUUCAAAAGGCUCGUUUGGUGUGCUCAGUCCCAGGACCAGAUGGCCUGCAGACACACUUUGACCAAUUGCAGGACGUCUUCAUCCUCCAUGGCAAAGACAAGAAGAACCCACUCAUCUAUGGCCUGUUUACCACUUCAAGCGACAUCCUCAAUGGUUCAGCCAUAUGUGUUUACCGAAUGGAGGAUGUGGUUCGGGCUUUUAAAGGAAACUUUCUGCACAAAGAGGGGCCGCAGUACAAGUGGGCAGAGUUUACUGGCAAGGUGCCCUACCCACGUCCCGGAACUUGUCCCAGCAGCACAUAUGGAAGCUACAGUUCUACAAGGGAAUAUCCCGAUGAUGUCAUCUUCUUCAGCAGGACUCACCCGCUGCUGGAGGAAAAUGUGUUGCCCUUGGGAGAGCGCCCUCUCCUCGUCAGAGUUGGUGUUCACUACAAGUUUAGCAAACUGCUGGUGGACAGAGUAGAAGCCGUGGACAGCACCUACGAUGUCCUCUUCAUCGGCACAGACUCUGGCCUGGUUCUGAAGGCCAUCCAUCUGCCCAGAGAACACGGACCAAGUCAAGAGGUAACCCUGGAGGAGCUGGAGGUCUUCCAGUAUAAGUCACCAGUGACGGUGAUGACGCUCUCUAAGAAAAAGCAGUGGUUGUUUGUGGGCUCCAGGGAAGGGGUCUCCCAGCUUGGCUUGUACCAGUGUGAGCUGUACGGUGAAGCCUGCGCUGAGUGUUGCCUGGCCAGAGAUCCAUAUUGCACGUGGGAUGGACAUGCCUGCAGCCCCUACAUGCCCACUGUGCGCAGAAGGAACGCUCGACACCUGGGCGAGGAUGAAGAUCCAUUAACUCAAUGUGUCAGACAAGGAGCUGGGCUGCAGGUGGAGGCCGAGCAGAGGUUGAUGAUGGUUGCCGAGGGCAACAGCACCUACUUAGAGUGUCUACCCCGAUCCAGGCACGCUGCUGUCAUAUGGUACAAGCAAGCCGGAGAGAACAGCCCCGAACUAAACCAGGUGAUGUCAGGCGAGCAGGUGGUGGUAAUCGAGCGAGGCGUCCUCAUCCGUCGGGCCGAGCUGUCUCACAGCGGUGUCUACCAUUGCCAAGUGGAAGAGCACGGCUACCACUGGACCGCCGUCACCGUCCACCUGGCGGUCUGGAGCCCCUCGGCCGAGCGACUCAUGACGUCCUGGUCCGCCUCCUCGCAUCAACCUUGGUACGGCGACGCCAUGACGCUGGUUCACCCGAGGAACCUGGGCCAGCACUGCCGCGCUCUGGGGUACCGCCCGCCUCGCAACCGCCACCGUGACACGGUGGUGCAGGGGGCUAAGGAGAAGGCGAGGGCCGAGAGGCACAAGCACGGUGGAGGACGGGGAGGAGGAGGUGGAGGAGGAGGAGGUGGAGGAGGAGGAGGGAGGUCAGCGGGUAGGAAGAGCAGGAGCAAACCACAGCAAAGAACGCCGAGGAGCGCUUGAAUAUGUCGCAGAGCAAACGCUACACGUGCAUGUCCACACACACAUCUUGUUCAGGGUGGGCCGGAAUUCAUGACUCUUGGGGUCUCCAACGCUACCUGUUUUGUCAAAGAACUAGUUCAAACAAAGUCUUUCUAGUGAGCUGUAAGUUAUGUACAUUACUCAGCAUACUUCAAUAAGGUCCGUUUAUGAAACCACAUCACACAUUUAAAACAUUUGUUUAAGCUUUACCCAUUCCAAAUCGUAUUAUUUUAUUUUUGUCUGAAAUUAUUAAACAUUAAAUACGUUUUGGCAAACAUCAGUGAAAUGAUAAAAUAAGCAAAGGGAGAAACAUAUCAGUCAUGAAUUCUAGCCACGCUGUACGUUUAAGAUAUUUGCAUGCACUUGCCAUCUUAAAAAACAACAACUUUUUAUUACACUUUAGUGACUGAUGAACAUUCAAAGUGACAAAAUGACUGUGUUUGAACUCAAGAAGUAAUCAGAUGGAAUACUUUGCGGAAUGAAGAAUCAGCUGCGUAUCCACGUUUCACUCUGACUGAAUAGGACUCUUGUUCAUAAAGUAAAUAUUCUACAUGUAAAAAAAAAAAAGUUUGGGCCCCCAGGAUCUGUUUUUGUGCAUGUUGCCAACUACAAACACAACUUUCCACACUUGUUUAUGGCAAUGACAAUCAUCAUGGAAAUUCAUAUUUAGCAUUCUCAAUUAGACUUCUCACAAAAAAAGUGAAAUUUCAGGAUGAAUCUAAAAUGCGUUGUAACAUUCACAGGUAAACUCAUUUUGACCUUACAUUUUGAUAUCAUUAGACAGAGAUGACUCAAACAAUUGACCAACAGCUUCUCGCCGACAAUUGCAAGGCUUCAAACAGACCCCUGAGGGAAAGUAGCAGGAGACACAGAAAAGCACUAAAAUGGAUGGACGACCUUAAAAUUGUAUUGCACCAUUCAUGGCUCAAACACCCUUUGGGAAUUCUGCCAUUCAAGUUGUACAGAAAGCAAUGAAACAAUGAACAGUUGGACAUGUGUCUUCAAAAGUUCAUAGAUGGUCAUAUUGAAUUUACUCGUGAAGGUUAUAGUACAUUUUAGAUUCACCCUGGAAUUUUACCUUAAACCUGAAUAUCCCUAACUUUUCGGAAGUAGCGUUUAUGCAGUGUGUUCAAACAGUCACACUGAGCAACACUGCUUCUGAGAGAUUUUCUUAUUCUUUCCAAAUCGAACUGAAUUAAUGUGGAUGGUUGAUAUUGCAUCAUAAAUGAUAGAUCCAGAAGGUAAACACUGUACAUUUAAAAUAUUUAGUGUGAUUACACUCAGAUUAAGUCUUUGCAUUAGAAUGACUGCAAAGGAGCAACUUUUCAUCUAAGGGAGAAAACACAGGUAGAAAGGUUUGCCGUGCUGAGGGCUAAAAACACAACCUGGGUCAUGUCAUUUAAAAUGUGCAAGUUAACAGAAAAUGGCACUGAGGAGUUGAGUUGUUUGGAGAAGUUGUGACAGUAUACUGGGGAGGGAUAGAAGUCAUAAAAAAAUGAGCGCUUCCUUGCUCAAGGGCUUUCCCUACAGCUAUGAAGUGUCUUUAACUUUGGGAUGCCUCGUUGGUGAAAACAAAAAUGAAACAGACUAACAUGCAUUUGCUAACAGAACACGUGAGAUGUCUAAGCUGGUACAAAAAGCACUGGUGGAGCUAGAGGAGGGGUCAUUGGGGCACUGAUCCCCCCACCCCCAAAAUAUGAUUGGACCCCUCAGGUUCCAGGCCUGACUUUUGGGUAUUUUCUGAUUUUUCAGAUUUUUUCCCAACAUUCCAUUUGUGCCCUGUAGGGAACAUUGAAGGCAACUUUAGGUUUGUAAAAUAUAUUGUUGUUUUUCUGUGGACCGCACAAAGGGAAAACAAUCCAAGCUCCACCAGUGUCCAAAAGAACCAUAUAUGAUCCUUAUAGUCGUGAUAUUAUGCUUAAAAAUGUUAUUUGAAGGAGGAAAUGUCGCAGUGGAGCUUCUAUAGUUAAACACAAUUCGUUCUGGACGAUGGGUAACUUCCAAUUUGAGGACUUCUAUCAAAUAAGUUUCCCCAUUGGUAAUAAGGAAGAUAAUCAUUUCCCGGUCUAUCACCAUUCUAAAACGGCUACCUGUAGAAAAUAUUUUUUUUGAACAUACAGUAUUAAUAUUCUUGAAAGUAUAAAAUAAGAACAGAAUGUAAAAACAGUCAUUUGUGUGACAAACGUGCAGAGUGGGAUUUCUGCGUGAUGCUUGGGAGGCGAUUCGCUUCAUGAAAUGCAACUCACUGAUGUACAUUUCUUUCUUCUGUAUUAUCCACGUUGCUGGAGUGUACUGAACAGCCAGGUUUGUUUUUCUCACGGGUACUGUUCUGUGGUGGUCACAAAAAGACCAAGAAAAAGCAACUCAAUUGUGGAGUAAUACUCAAGACCCUCAAGUGAGCCUUUAUUUCCUCGAAAAUGUUGGUUGGAGGUUUCACAAUAUACAGUAUCUCUACUUUUGAGGGACUUUCCUUAAGAUGCUCACACACUAAUUGAUGACUAAUUGAUUGACACAAUCUGGGUGAUGAAUUCUUGUAGAUUACCUCAUCUCACAGGGAUCCAAACUAGUAUUUAGAUCAUGAAUUGGUGAGACGGUUGUCAAUUUUAACAUGGACAGUAAAAGAAGUUGCGUCGCAAAAAGACUUUGGGCAGGGUUCCAUCCAACUUGGAUGAGUGGACUUUCUGAGGACUCUGUACAGAUUGUGCAUGUUUUUCAUUUCGUUUUGUGUCUGACACAUUUUGGAGCCAGCCGGGCAGAUGAGGAACAAAUUGCCGGUGUUCCAAUGUACAUUCUGUAAAAUAAAGCAAGCCUUGUGAUGGAACCUCGCGGACAAAAAUGACAUCGCCGACUGUGGCAGUUUUCUCAAUUUUAAAUAAUAGACCAACAAAAGUGGUUCACAUGA